CCACCCCUUACCUAUUUCAAGGCCAACUAAUACCCCCACCCACCCCUUACCUAUUUCAAGGCCAACAAGCAUUUCGACGAAAUUAAUUUACAAAAGUUCAUACUCAUAAAUCGUAAAAUCAAACCAACACGUCAAGGAUUUUAGUUUUCUAAAUUUUGUAUUGUAGAUAUUCAUGUCGAUAUGCCCAUUAUAGACUGAAAUAACAUUAGAAAUCAACAAAGUCUGACGGAUGAAAUCGCAUGAACGCUCGACCGAUUGUCGUCAUUUUUAUUUCGGAUGUUUCUGGGUAUAUGUAAACAAGGCUUAGGUCGAAUUCCAUCAGCCGGAAUGUUCUUAUUAUUUGUGGUAACUGUAUCGGCUAUGUUUAUGAGCAGUUUCAUUUUCCUUUUAUGAAAUGACAAAUGGAAUUUUAAUUGUUUGGAGUACAGAUAAAAUGUUCAUUUAAAUGUAUACUACUAAAGUCCCCAUAUACUCAACGUGUCUACAUCUCUCUCUCUCUCUCUCUCUCUCUCUCUCUCUUCUCUCUCUUCUCUCUCUCUCUCUCUCUCUCUCUCUCUCUCUCUCUCUCUCUCUCAAAUAUGUAAAACAUGCUAUGUUUUCGUUUCAAAAGCUUAAAAGUUGUCUAUAGAUAAAUGGUUGCUUUUUGAAUAUUUCUGAUGUAUUAUUCAUGUUCAGUAUGUUAAAUACAGGGCUUUGAAUUCAAAUGGAAAUCGAUUUAUUGUUAUCUAAUUGUAUAAUCAAGAUUUUAAAUCUGUUUUUAUAUAUUAAAGAAUAUUCUAUUCAACCGGAAUUUAAAGCUGAAGUAGUCCUUUGUCGUCUCUCCGCAUAGUCGGCGACUUUCGCGGUACCUAGAGUAGGGAUUAAAGCACGUGUCGAGGGAUUUUUUUGUCAAUAUUUCCGUUUUAUUGAGAAUAUUGAUGUCGUAAAACUUUGUUCAGGCACUAACAAGCGGAGACAUUAUUUCUGUAGCCGAGUAUAACUACACACGUUAAGUAGUCAUUGAACUGUGGGGCGGUAUCUAAGAGGAAUUUCCCUUUACAGAAUUAAGGCCGAUCUAAAUAAAUUUUGUGGUAUUUUAUCUUCCUGUUUCGGUUUUGUUCUAAUGUUGGGAAAACUAAAAAAAAAAAUAUUAAUAAAAAAAUUAAUACUACACACACACACACACACACAACGAAUGAAAUAAUAUUAAUAAAAAAAAAAAUAAAUAAAUAAAACCACAAACAUACAAAACGAAACGAAAACCAACAAAUAUUGUAAAUUGAAGUCAAAAUUUAUAAUAUUCUAAAAAAUUAAAGAAGCUGAUAUUGUGUAACUUACAGGUGUACACAGAUAUUUAUAUUUAUGAGUAUUUGAUAAUUUAACACACUAGAUCAAUAUUGUUUACAGGUAUACACAGAUAUUUAUAUUUAUGAGUAUUUGAUAAUUUAACACACUAGAUAAAUAUAGCAUGUAAAUUGUCUCUAGUUAUAUACAUACUUCAUAGAUAUUGUAUCUAAAUCUAAUCCAAUAUUUGAUAAUUUAACACACUAGAUAAAUAUUGUUUUAAAUGUUUCGUAGUAUAUGAAUCGUAUAUAUCGUAUUGUAUAUAUAUACACAAUAGAAUAUAUAUCUAAAUAUUUCAUAAUACACCCUACACAUUAUAUCUGAAUCUUCUAUAAUUAUAUAAAUGUGUAUUGUAUAUAUAUCUUCCCUCUAGUUAUACACACUAAAUAGAAAUAGAUAUUGUAUCUGUGAUUAUUCCAUUGUAAUCUACACACUAGCUAUAGAUAUAUACUGUAUCUAAAUCUUAAUCUACAAUGUAUAUACACACUAAAUAGAUAUUGUAUCUGUCAAUAUUUCAUGUUUAUCUACACACUAGCUAUAGAUAGAUAUUGUAUCUGUCAAUAUUUCAUGUUUAUCUACACACUAGCUAUAGAUAGAUAUUGUAUCUGUCAAUAUUUCAUGUUUAUCUACACACUAGCUAUAGAUAGAUAUUGUAUCUGUCAAUAUUUCAUGUUUAUCUACACACUAGCUAUAGAUAGAUAUUGUAUCUGUCAAUAUUUCAUGUUUAUCUACACACUAGCUAUAGAUAUAUACUGUAUCUAAAUCUUAAUCUACAAUGUAUAUACACACUAAAUAGAUAUUGUAUCUGUCAAUAUUUCAUGUUUAUCUACACACUAGCUAUAGAUAGAUAUUGUAUCUGUCAAUAAUUCAUGUUUAUCUACACACUAGCUAUAGAUAGAUAUUGUAUCUGUCAAUAUUUCAUGUUUAUCUACACACUAGCUAUAGAUAGAUAUUGUAUCUGUCAAUAUUCCAUUGUAAUCUACACACUAGCUAUAGAUAUAUACUGUAUCUAAAUCUUAAUCUACAAUGUAUAUACACACUAAAUAGAUAUUGUAUCUGUCAAUAUUUCAUGUUUAUCUACACACUAGCUAUAGAUAUAUAUUGUAUCUAAAUCUUAAUCUACAAUGUAUAUACACACUAAAUAGAUAUUGUAUCUGUCAAUAUUUCAUGUUUAUCUACACACUAGCUAUAGAUAGAUAUUGUAUCUAAAUCUUAAUCUACAAUGUAUAUACACACUAAAUAGAUAUUGUAUCUGUCAAUAUUUCAUGUUUAUCUACACACUAGCUAUAGAUAGAUAUUGUAUCUGUGAAUAUUUCAUGUUUAUCUACACACUAGCUAUAGAUAGAUAUUAUAUCUAAAUCUAUCAUAAUUAUAAACACAUUAGACAAAUAUUGUAUCUAAAUCUUCGAUAGUUAGAUACAUACUAUACCUAGAAUAUAUAUUGUAUCGACAUACACAUUAGACAAAAGUUACAUAACUAAAUCUUUCAUAGUUACAUACACAUUAGACAAAAGUUACAUAACUAAAUCUUUCAUAGUUACAUACACAUUAGAUAAAAGUUACAUAACUAAAUCUUUCAUAGUUACAUACACAUUAGACAAAAGUUACAUAACUAAAUCUUUCAUAGUUACAUACACAUUAGACAAAAGUUACAUAACUAAAUCUUUCAUAGUUACAUACACAUUAGACAAAAGUUACAUAACUAAAUCUUUCAUAGUUAUACAUACACAUUAGACAAAAGUUACAUAACUAAAUCUUUCAUAGUUACAUACACAUUAUAUAAAAGUUACAUAACUAAAUAUUUCAUAGUUACAUACACAUUAUAUAAAAGUUACAUAACUAAAUAUUUCAUAGUUACAUACACAUUAUAUAAAAGUUACAUAACUAAAUCUUUCAUAGUUACAUACACAUUAGACAAAAGUUACAUAACUAAAUCUUUCAUAGUUAUACAUACACAUUAGACAAAAGUUACAUAACUAAAUCUUUCAUAGUUACAUACACAUUAGAUAAAAGUUACAUAACUAAAUCUUUCAUAGUUACAUACACAUUAGACAAAAGUUACAUAACUAAAUCUUUCAUAGUUACAUACACAUUAGAUAAAAGUUACAUAACUAAAUCUUUCAUAGUUACAUACACAUUAGACAAAAGUUACAUAACUAAAUCUUUCAUAGUUACAUACACAUUAGACAAAAGUUACAUAACUAAAUCUUUCAUAGUUACAUACACAUUAGACAAAAGUUACAUAACUAAAUCUUUCAUAGUUACAUACACAUUAGAUAAAAGUUACAUAACUAAAUCUUUCAUAGUUACGUACACAUUAGACAAAAGUUACAUAACUAAAUCUUUCAUAGUUACAUACACAUUAGACAAACGUUACAUAACUAAAUCUUUCAUAGUUACAUACACAUUCUAGGCAGCUAUUGUUUUAAGUUCUUUGUCAGUUAGACGUGUUCUAUAUAGAUAAUCAUUUUACCUACAUCGUCAGUAAUUAUAUACACACCAAUCUGACUAAAGUACAGACCUAUAUUAUUAUUAUAUAUAAUAAUAUAGGUCUGUACUUUAGUCAGAUUGUAUACACACUAGAUAGAUAUGAUAUUUCUACAGUAGCUGUGGACACACGAAAUAUAUAUUUUAUUUUUAUAUUUGAUAGGCACACACACACACACACACACACACACACACACACACACACACACACACACACACACACACACACACACACUAGUGCUGUAUUUAUAUCUUUGGUGAUUGUGUCACGCUAUUUUAUCUACAUGCUUCAGAAAUAUAUCAAUUAUUUUUUUCCCCUUCCUCUUGGGUUUAACUUUAUAUAAAAAAAAAUUCACUUGAUCAAAUUUGCUUUGUUCGGCGUAUGUGAAUAGUUUCCCAGAGAGAGAGAGAGAGAGAGAGAGAGAGAGAGAGAGAGAGAGAGAGAGAUCAUUUUCAACGGAUUGCUCUCAGCAAUAUUGAGAGGGUUGAUAGACAAAGAUAUCCAAUCUAAACAUCAUUUAUAACUUGUUGGUCCUGCUCAUGCGCGUACCAGUCUAUUGACAACACAGAUAGUGCCAUGUUUUAUUUUUUUCAUCUUUAUCACCAAAUGUCGACAGAUGUCAUACAUAUUGCCGGUUGGUGAUAAAACACAAAUAGUCAAGGCUUUAUCUAAACCAUGUACACAGAUUAGUGUUAAAACUACUUAUACUGACACUGCACAUAGUUCAGAGUGCACGUGAACGAGAUUACAGCGAGACUGAUUGUGUGAGAGACGUCUGCAAAUUUAGAUUGAUUAGCAGGGCCGGGGACCAGUUUGACAAUGGGUCCGGUAUAUUGUAAUUUAUUGAUUAAUUGUUUUGCGUCCCUUUGAGAAUUUUUCACUCAGAUUGAGACGUCACCAGACGUAGGUGAAGUACCACAAAUGUAGACAUAUAUGCUUUGCGCUCAGGGCCCUAGAAGUGAGGGUUCUUUAACGCCUGCCGCGACACGAGACCUUCGUUUUUAAGGUCAUAUCCGAAAGACCAGUGAUUCUCACUUCUAAAUGCCGAGCGUUUGGCAAAAGAGCAAUCCCUACCUUUGUUUACAUCUAAGAAUUGAUGCGGUCAUGGCACGAGCGGGGCUCGAACUCACGACCUCCCAGUUACAAAGCGAACGCUCUACCACUCACAAAUUUGCAAACUUGGAAUUAAAACAACAGUGAUAUAUAUCAUGUUUAUAGCAAUGUGGCGGUCAAGCCGAGUUCAAUCACCGAAGGUCAGAUAACUUAGAGAUUCAGGUAGCACGGGUUGGCCGGUCCGGUGGUAGAGCACCUGAUUAGAGAUUCAGGUAGCACGGUUUGGACUUCCGGUCUGGUCCGUUGCAUUUUCUUUCAUCCUGUUGUACAGUGUUAUACUGCGUUCGAUAGCUGUACCCGCUCUAAGAUAACCAUUUCCUCAUUAAGAGUGUGUGAGUCUUGUUAGAUGUAAUGCCUCUACUUCACCCGCUGAAAAUUCCCACAGAAAUGAAAGUAGAAUAUGAAUAUAAAGAAAUCAAAUUUCAUUUUAGAAAAUACAUGGCGAUACGAACUGCACCGCUUCUCGUCGGCGCAUGUUUUAUGAAGUUCUGACGCGCUUUGUGAAGUAUGCUGGCAUAUCGAGUCACAGCCUAUACUCUAUUGUAUUUUCAAAAAAUUGAAAUUUAUGUUCUGAAUUGAAACUUAUACAUGAAGAUCUUGGAUUUUGAUCGUCAGUGUACACCCUACAAUAACUCAGUAACCUAGGUGCAAUAAAGAGGUCCAUAAUCGAGAAUUUACUCUUAAAGUUUGGGGCACAUCUUAUUUCUGUUCUUACGAGAAUAGAUCUAUAUUUCCUUAACCAAUUCACCUUCCUGUCUCGUCAUCUAUUAUGUACACAAUUGUUGUAACAUUUAUAAAUCUAUAAUGAUACGAAUCCUCACGAGGAGGGAGUAAAGAAUGGGGACUUCGUUUGAUAUUUAAAAUUGACUUCCGUACAUUAAACAUGACGCGCUCAACAAAAAUAUCUGCCGUUACUUCACUAGGGUUUUCAAUAAGUGCCUUCAAAAUUUACAGAAUCUGGAAUAGAUAUAUAAAAAUAAACUUACUAGUGAAUCAUAUGUUGUAAACUUUAAUAAAACUGUUGCUUUUUUUCCUGCCAUGCAUAAAGUGAAAGAACGUUUCAGUAAUUUGAAAACUUCAUCACUGCAUGGCACUGCAUUAUCAUCCAUUUUCUAAUGUGAGUCUGUUAUGUCUGGAGAUAUGAAAAUAGAAUAGCGAUAAAACGCAUACUCUCUAAUUUUAGCAAGUUUUAAAGGUCAUCCUCACUGAAAAGCUUCCCUGUAUCACGAUUCUGUUUAUAGAAUUGAAAACAGGGAUAGACAGAGCCAAUGAUAAAUCAGUUUGAUUCUUCAUUAUUUAUUGGGCUGCUGUGUAGUUUCACUAUGCAUCUGGUGGCCAUUUUUAACAACUAAGUAAUUGCCUUGGAAAAGACGCAACUUGUAUUGUAUAUACAGCGUGAUGUAAGCACGGCGAUCACCAUUCAUUGGAGUUUGGUAGGAACCACCAGGCUAAUCAGUCAUCCUGCAACGUUUAAGAGAUCUUUAAAUCUCUACUUUUACCAUACUGAACAGUUUUGAAAUUACAUGUGUUGCUGAACACUCUAACCCGUGUUCAGCGAUCAUGCUUUAUGGCAGUUAUGUUAAUUAACUCUAUGAAAAGUUUUUGCGAUUUCAAAUUUUCAAUGCAUGUUCAGCUGUAAGACUGGUUGCCAGGUAACCGUUUGCCCUCACUAUACAAUGUGCAUUUUAUGCUAUCUUGUCGCUUGUCAGGACGUCCGUAGUUUUUGUACAAUUUCCAAAGUCCUUCCCUUUUAAGGUGAACCCUAAAGCUCUCUCUUAUCGCUUAUCGUGCUGUUGUACCAAUGAGCGAUCUGAAUGCGGCCUAUCUUGUGAAGAACGGUAAUAAAAGGUAUUAACUUGAAACUUUUUAUGAAUGUGUGACUAAAUUGUGACCAACACACGAUAGUCUGCGAGGAUAUUGAUCAGGCUUAAUAGUUAGCUGGCGCGGGGUAUCGGUAAUGGGCGCAUUCACGGCGUAAUUUUAUCCAGGGACCAAGAAUACGUGUCUGGGACCGGGAAUAAAUGUCUGAACUCACGGACAAAUUUGGCGAACAUAUUGGACUUCAGUGUAUAUAUGCCAUAUGCAUGCAGUGUGUCUUCGUUAGGUCAGCGCGGAGUAAUUCACAACUCUUUUAACGAGACCUUAUUGUGACACUCCCUCGAUUAAUUGUACACGAAAACAAAGAGUGCCUUUAUUUUAUGUAUAUGUGCUGAGGAAACAAUAUCAUAUUAUAGCGGUGUAUCACAUGCACUUUUAAUUGCUCCUUUGUAAUGACGUCAGCAUCUUUAGUAUAUAAGUACAUGUUAGACAGCACGUAAUGGGCGUAUCUCACCGGGGUCGUACUGAUUUCGAUCCACCGGGAAAAAACCCGACUCUAUAUAAUUAUUUUGCGUCAGAACCACAAGUCGAUCGGUGCAAUCUUGUUAAACAUCACUUGGUAGGGUGCAUUCUCAUCUUCUAGAUUAUAGCUACUUGAACAAUUUCCUCUGCCACGAUCUUAUUUUUUCACCCAGUGGUUGUCCACAAGAUAGGUCUCUAAAUAUUGUGAACGGCUUUCAUUAAAAGUAUUCAGGCAAGAAAUAAUUGAUUCCAUUUUGAUUCUCUGAAGGAAAUUUGGACAAUUCAAUAUUGAUUUAAGUGAAUGAAUGGUGCAUCGGAAUCUAAUAAUAAUAAUAAGAAUAAGAAUAGCCUUUAUUUAUACAGGGUAACACAAAUUAUCAUAUAGCUAGUUUCCAUUGUGGUCCUGCAUUAAAACAUAUACACAAACAUAAAAUUAACAUCUAAAAUUAGUAUCUAAACAUGAAUACGAUAUAAUAGGAAAAGGGGAAAAAUAUAGCAUAAGACACACCUAAUUAGUGAUAGAAUUGUUACCUAAAUAUGAAUAUAUGACAUAAAAGGAAAGAAGAAAAAAUAGCAUAAGACACACGCACACACAGUGCCAUAUCAAAAUUACAUUUGGUACACCUGAACAAAAAGAGGAAAGCACAAUGUUUAUCGUUCGUCUUCUGUAUGUAAUAUAUCAUAUAUCAGAGAUCAAGGGUCACCGACAGUAUGUCAAGGUCUCUGACAAUAUGUCAAGGUCACUAACAAUAUGAUAAGGUCACCAGUGCUCCGACAAUUCACGGCUACGUAUGACUGACCUCACGAUGUUUAUUGAUUGAUUGAUGUUAAAAUUUCCGCCACACUUAACAAUUUUUCAGUUAUCUGGUGGCGCCCAGUUUUUUAUUGGUGGAAGAGAGAACCCAGAUACAAUGUACCUGGGAAGAGACCACCGACCUUCCGAAAGUAAACUGGGAAACUUUCUCACCGGCGCGAGCGGGAUUCGAACUCGCGACAAUGUUUAGCUCACCAAAGACAUGUCAAACAGCUGAGGCAAAUUUCGUCUGAUCUGUCCGGUUUGAAUUCCUGCAAUCCCGCAGUAAACGAGUGACAUCACAUCCGGAGACACCGUGUGCCUUUUCGUGUUAUGCCCUACACUGAUAAUGAUGUGUAGUUAUGAGACAUAAAGUGAUAAACAUGGAUGAAUUAUACACACAAGGAAGAGGGAAACCUGGUAAAAUUGAAACCCCUUAAAAGUUCAUUUCUAAUCGUUUUCAUAGCAAAUCUUAACGCAAGGCAAAAAUGAACAACUGGCGAUAUAUUUCUGACAAGCACUUAACCUAGUUAUACUAUUCCCUUGUGAUUGUUUUGACUUAAGAAAUCAGAUACAGUCAUCCUGGGUUAAGGAUAUAGCCAAACGUCACAGUUUCCGCCAUCAACGUGCUGCUAAACGUGUGUACAUAUUGAUGCUGUUCCGGUAAUCGUGUGCAAGUUUUAUAACAAUUACGUGUUCUUCUGUACAGCAGGAUAUUCAGUGAAUUUUCGAUCUGGAAUAUUAAGAUAUUGACAACAUUCCUGACAGAUGGAUGUCUCGAUGGAGCUGCCGCCGCCCCCUCCGCCGAUUGUCAACGAUCUGCCCGGCUCCGAUAAUGUGCCCGCUAUGGAGGGCCUAACGAUUCAGGACAGCCCGGAGGGAACCUACUGUACAACGGAGGAAAUUAUUUACAUGCAACAGAAGGCCAAUAAGGCAAAACAAGGAAUUAACAGAAUUUCUGAGAAGUACGAUGCCGUGGAUAAGUUCGGUCCUCAGAGUAAGAAGGAAUUAUCGGGAAGUAGGGAACGAUUAACUAUUUCGGACCCAACUCCCAGUGGGUCAAACAGACCCGGAUUAAAUGUGUGUAACUUUGCAGAGGGUGUGACAGAAGAGGAUUUAUUACAAGUGGAUAUGUUUUAUCGAAGUCACAAAACUGAAGUGUUCGUGUGCCAAUGUCUUGCCAAUCUUUAUUUCGGGAAAGUGAAGGCUAACCAAGAUCAAUGGAAAUUCGCCAUGACGGGUAUUCCCGUGCUUAUUUUGGAUACCGGGGAUCACCACAGGAACCGGAAGUUACAAAUUGUCUUGGCAGAAAAAGGCACAGGCUUUCUCCUUUGGAAAGACGAUAUUGACCAUCUGUCUACGUACAAAGCCGAACACCCUAAUUAUCACACAAUGUCUCUGUCAACUGAUCAUACGAAACUAGCAGGACUUAGCUUCGAUCAUUCAACCGCAGCUUCGGAUUUUCACAGUACGAUAGAAAAGCUGACGUCAAACCCUGAUGACGAACUCAUGAGUCUCAGCAAAACGAAACAUAAACGACGAAAAUCAGAGAAAAAGAAAGUUCCGAAAUACAAGCCACCGAAAAAGACAGAGAUCUCAACGCCGUGUUGUUUUGUCCACGUGACUAAAUUAGAAAGACCCGCCCUUGACUUAACAGCUGAUCACAAUAUCAUUUCGGGUCCCAUGCAUUUUGAAAAUGUAUUAGAUCAGUCUCCGAACGUCCCCAACGGGAGUCAGAUGACUUUAGGCAGUGAAUCAAGUUCGGUUUACUCGGAUGACCUCGGCUACCAUUAAAAUGCAGAUACUAUGUUAUGGUUCGUAUUUAAUUAACAAAGGCCCCGCCGAGAUUUAACAAUACAACAGCGCCGACAAGAACGAUGCGACUGCAACGUGCCGCGCUAUGUCGGGAUAUUGAGCUGUAUUUUCCAUUAAUCAUCCAGCGACACAAACAAUCUUCAAAGCUUUUGUAUCUCGAUGGGUCUUAAACAUGCAUUUUGUUUAUUCAUAGAUUAAAAUUCAGGGACACCUGAGCAAACCUGCAUUUAGCAGAACAGGAAAUGCUCUGUCAAGCAGUUCAACCCGCACUCACCUGUAGAUGUGGAAUAAACUUAAACACAUCUCAUACUUAAAAUCGCGAAGUACAGGGAAACGUGUCCUGGUUUAUAGCCAUCGUUGAAGUAUUUAUCUAAUGAAUUGACAUUAAUUUUUCUUUUUAGAUUUAAGAAGUUGCAAAUGUGUACGUUUGUAAAAUUUGCAAAAUAUUUAUGUAAAAUAUCACCCAAGUGUAAGGGCCGCUUGAUAUUAAAAACUCGCGUGUUUCACAAAGAGACCAGGGUCAAACAAAAUGUCAUUUUAUAACGGAAAAUGUGUAAAUCCGCUAACGUGUAGAAAGUCCCCCAAUGGAUGAGUUUAAAUGUAUUGCUGGCAUGUCUAUAAAUACACGUGUAAUUUCAUGUUUGACAGUUUCUGACAAUUACUGCAGUAUACGAUAUAAUGAGGGCACCGGGAGGUGCGAGAUGUUUAUGGUACAUUUGUUGAAUAAAUAUUUUGCUACAGCAUAGAGUAACAA